UGUGAAAGUAGAAGUGAAAUUGACAGCACAAAACGCACCGUCUAGAUUGCAUUUUGUUCUAGCAUUGCAUGGUUUACUGGACGUGCCUAACGUGACCAGGGUUGUGAUGCCGCUGGCCAUCCGCUUUGCCAUGUGCAAACUAGCAUCAGUCUCCGUAGACGCGGCUAAAGUUGAACUCAUGACUGCGUUGGGACUUGGUCACACGAGGCAUUUACUACAAUGCUUCCAAAAACUCAGAGAGAAUUUUCUCCACAUAAAAGAAUCAGACAUGAUGUUUGUGAACAAGUUGUACCUAAACCAAAGCAGCAAUAUUGACCCAGCGUUCUACGCAAACUCUUCAGAAAUAUAUGGAAUACAUGUGGACACCGUCGGCUUUCAGUACCCGACUGCAGCGACUAAGUAUAUAAAUCGCAUCAUAAGCACAAUGACAUAUAGAAGGAUUCAAGAUAUUUUGACUCCUACCGACAUAAACACAAACACUUCGAUGCUUUUACUCUCUGCUAUUCAUUAUAAGCCCACCUGGGAGACUCCGUUUGACCUAAGAGAGACUAGGCCAUACAAAUUCAUAGACAUGGACAAUAAUAUAAUAUUAAUUGAUAUGGUGACGACAACUGAUCAGUUUUUGUACAUGGAGAACCUUGAGUUAGAUUUUAAGAUGUUCACAAUGCUCUUAUAUCACAGAGGCACUUCAAUAACAUACGUAGUACCAAACAAACGUCACGGCCUGACAGCAAUACUUGAAACUAUGAAGCAUAAACAGAACUUACUAUUUGCAGCCAGAGCUGAAGCGAAGUACGAAAUUAUUAAAAUUACCAUUCCUAAAAUGAAGAUCAAAAACUCUAUUUAUUGGAACGAUACUUUCCUAGAGAUGGGCAUGAACGAAAUUUAUAGCUCCAAUACAUACUGCCUUAACAAAAUUUUGAAAGAAUACAAAGAUAAGCCGAUAUAUUUGAGUCAAGCCAAGCAAAAAGUUUUCUUUGAAUUAGAUGAGUACGGUACCUACAGAGUGCCAAUGGAACAGAACGUAAUGGACGCUAUGCGCGACAUAGGCAGAUUGAGCCAUUCAUAUUCAACUGAAGUGCGAGCGGAUCGGCCUUUUUUGUUCUUCGUAAACCUG